AUGGCUUCAGGUAGCUUUCAAGCACCACAAGCUCCUAUCUUUACAGGAGAAAAUUACCAGAUCUGGUCAGUCAAGAUGAAGUCUUACUUGAAGGCUUUAAGUUUAUGGAAUGUGGUUGAAUCUGGAAAGGAACCAGCUCCUUUACCAGAAAAUCCAACAAUGCAUCAGAUCAAGGUUUAUGAAGAAGAAGCAGCAAGGAAGGAUAGAGCUCUCACAUGUAUUUAUUCAGCACUAUCAGAUGCGAUUUUCACGUCGAUUAUGGACUGUGAUACUCCGAAGAAGGCUUGGGAUAAGCUGCAAAGUGAAUUUGAAGGAAAUGAGAGAGUUAAAGUUGUAAAGUUGCUGAAUUUAAAGAGAAGAUUUGAGAUGCUACGAAUGGGAGACAACGAAUCAGUCAGAGAUUAUUCAAACAAAGUAAUGGAGAUUGUAAAUCAAGUGAGGCUUCUUGGAGAAAAGUUUGAGGAUUAUAAGGUUGUUGAAAAGAUCCUUAUAAGUCUUCCGGAUAAGUUCGAGUCCAAGAUUUCAGCAAUUGAAGAAUCUUGUGACUUAAAAAAGUUGACGAUUGCCGAGUGUUGGCGAAAACCGCAAGUGUACGGUGUCGCAAUUAGUAAUACUCGGUAA